GUUAUUGAGGAUGGAUAAAAGUUUUGUUAUGGUAAUUUUGAUGUUUAAAAGUUAACAACAUGACUGUGAAUUUAAUCUCUUAGCUUUGCAGGCUUGAAUGACUUGUUCAUUUUAAAGUGAUAAGAGCCUUAGCCAAGAUUGAAAAAUUAUGUCAACUUGCAAUCUAUGAAUAAAACAACAGACCGGAGUUGAUUACCUAGACAGCAUGACUCCAGCAUGCACCCUAUCCCCUUCCCCUUAAAAAAACGCUACCUUGGCAAACAUUCAAGUACAACCAUAGAGCUGCAGAGGUGGAAGCAAGUGGUUCACCGUGUACUGACACUAUGCAGAGUGCAAUGCAUGUGACGGCAUGCUGCCUUCUCUCUGUGACACACCUUUGUGAUGUGAAGCCCCCUGGAACCAGCCACCUGGGGCCCAGAGCUGCUUGCUGGGGUUCCACAAGAGGAUUCAGAACAAGGCCUUCAUGGCACAGAUCUUGCCAAGUCUGGGAAGACAAGUGCCAUCGGGACUGUACGCCUCAGCCACUGCCACAUGCCCUGCGACCUGCAGGUACAGAAGUGGGGGGACGUCGACUACUGCAGUUUCCCAAUGGGCAUGUUAUCUUUGUCUUGGUUUUCACAAAGCAGGUGAACAUGCUCAGCACCAUCCACACGUUGGCCUUAGCGAUUGUACACAGUAGAGGAGAUCUGCUGGUGAUGAAACCUGAGUGUGUUGUUACCUACAUCAACAGUAUGAAAAGUGUAGACCUUGGGGAUCAGCUGGCCAAAUCAUAUCCUUCAGUACAGAGAAUUUUUUUUAUAUUUAUGAUUUGGCAACAGUAAACAGCCAUGUGGUUUACAAGUACCUGGGCCACAGGAUGGAACAGUUGGCCUUCCGGAUGGACCUGGUGAUAGCAGUAACAUAUCAGUUCACCCCUGAUAUCAAACCACAUAGCACAAGGGGACGUCUCUCAGCAUUGCCCUCUCC